AGAGAUUAGGUCAGAUUAUAAUCAGAGCCAACCGUUUCUGAUGUGUCGGAAAGAGAAAGAUGGAUACUCUUCGGAGAGUUAAUGGAAACUUUUUGAGCUUUAUUUAUUUUUAAGGAGAUUUUGAUUCGGUUUUAGUGGUGGUCGGUUCGGUUAGGGUUUUUUUUUUAUUAAAGAAAUGAAAAGCUUCAUCGUCACGCUUGUAAAGGCUUCAGUUGCAGUUCUGUUUUUUUCUUUGAUUUAACAUUGUUUAUUUGAUUUUAAAAACUGUUAUAAAAACGUUUCAUGAUUACUGGAGAGGCUUCUGGUUAAAGCGAAGCUCACUCUCUAUAGAGAUUGAUGAUUGGUUGAGAGAGAGAGAAUUAUCUUUUUCACAAAAUGGCGGAAGUUAGAGGAGUGAACACGUGGCAGGAGGAGCUGGCGAGUUUAGUGGAAGACACGGGCAUGAUAUACACAUGGGAAACGAUCGGAGUCUCUCCGUUACCGCCGUUCAAUGCGGCGAAAUCGGCGACGGCGGCUGAGGUCGUUGAGAGUGAUCAUGAAAUGGAACCGCCGGAGAGUUUGAAGGAACAGGUGACGGGAUUUAUGAAAUCGUGGUGCGAGAUGCUUCUAGAACUUGGAAGAGGAUGCAGAGACAUUGUGCAGCAGACAGUAGUUACUGAAGAUUCGUUUAUAGUUCAGAAGCUUGGUGGACCGAUGGCUAAGGUCUCCGGUCGAUUGAGAUUCUUGAACGAGUUCUUGCCUGAGGAUCGUGAUCCAAUUCAUGCUUGGCCUGUUAUCUUCUUCGUUUUCAUCCUUGCACUUUCAGCUCUGAAUUUAAAUAGUGGACAUGAUGAAUUGGUACCGCCGGUGAAGAAAGUGCGCGUUCAUCCUCCUAAUGCGAGUCGAAUCCAGCUUCCAGAUGGCAGACACUUGGCUUAUCGUGAAAUCGGUGUUCCAGCUGAUAAAGCUAGAUUUUCUCUAAUUUCUCCACAUCCUUUUCUUUCAUCCCGACUUGCCGGUAUACCGGGAGUUAAGACAUCACUGCUUGAAGAGUUUGGCGUUCGCUUGGUGACAUAUGAUCUUCCUGGUUUUGGGGAGAGUGAUCCACAUCCUAGUAGGAAUCUGAACUCAUCAGCAUUUGAUAUGCUUCAUCUAGCUGAUGCUGUUGGUGUCAAUGAUAAGUUCUGGGUGUUGGGCUUCUCAAGUGGAAGUAUGCAUGCUUGGGCUGCGCUCAGAUAUGUUCCUCACAGAAUUGCAGGUGCUGCAAUGGUUGCUCCAAUGAUCAAUCCAUAUGAACCUAGCCUGGCUAAGGAAGAAAUGAGAAGUAUUUGGGGAGAGUGGUUACCAAGAAGGAAGUUAAUGUAUUAUUUAGCUCGAAGAUUGCCUAAACUGCUGUCCUUCUUUUACCGCUGGAGUUUCCUAUCUGGCAAGCAUGGCCGAAUUGAGAAGUGGAUGUCUCUGUCCCUUGGAAGGAGGGACACGGUUCUGACUGAAGGAAAAACAUUUGAAGACUUCUGGCAUAGAGAUGUGGAGGAGUCAAUUCGCCAGGGAAAUACAAAACCAUUCAUUGAGGAAGCUGUCCUACAGGUUUCAAACUGGGGUUUUAGUUUGGCAGAUCUUCAGGUGCAGAGGAAGUGUUACAGAAGUGGAAUUUUCCCUUGGCUCAGGUCCCUGUACAGUCAAGCAGAAUGUGAACUGGCAGGAUUUCUGGGACCAAUACAUAUAUGGCAGGGGAUGGAUGACAAAGCUGUUCCACCAGCAAUGAUGAAUUAUAUAAGCCGGGUUCUACCAGGGGCCAUCAUGCAUAAGCUCCCAAAUGAAGGCCAUUUUUCCUUUAUCUUUUUCUGUGAUGAAUGCCAUCGCCAGAUACUCUCUACUCUCUUGGGAAGUCCUCAAGGUCCUCUUGACCCAGUAACAGACAAAGGUGAAAUUCUCUCUGAAGGAGAUAUAGAAGAGCAAUCAUCAGCUACUGAUUCUACCAAAAAUGAUACAUCACCAUAGAUUUACAAUUUUUCCCCUGAAUUUUCCAAAUUUUUGUGUAAAUACCACAGAUUGCUCCUCAUAGCUCGUAGGAGCACUUUAGAUGUCUCAAAAUCUCUGUUACAAGUACUUGAGAGGUCAGGCUAAAAGUAAACGUACUUUAGAGGUGAGAUGUUAAAAGGCAAAGAGGCAUGAUCUUAGUAAUUUAGCUUACGCGCUAGAAUCAUUAAGUAUAAACGAUUAUUUUGGGCAUUUCCCCAUUGUCUUUGCUUGAGGAGUAGGUAAUCGAUAUUCAAUAUUCAGUAUCGAAUCUACGACUUAAAUCAGGGUACCUCGGAUUUUUAAUCAGUAGCACUCAUUAUCUCUAGCGGUAGUAAGGUAGGACCAAAAGACAGUAUUGUUGGAAACAGCAAAUAGCUGACAAAGGUUUUCUUAUACCGAUAUGUUCAGAAUAAUUCCAGGAGGGACAAGCUUCCUGUUUAGGCAGGUGCCUGCACGUGCGCAACUGUGCUUCCAGUUCCACAGGCAUGUUCACCUGAUCUUCUGCCCGUGAGUGAAUGCGCAUCGUAGAGUCAAGCUGCAUGUGCUCUCAACAUCAGCUCUAUUAAUUCCUCGAAAGGGGGCCAUAUCAAUUGAAAUUGAUGAAAAUCUAACGAAAGACCAGCCUUGGCAGUUCGAAAAGAACCAAGAAGACGAGUGAUUGAUUCCGAGCUCAAAAUGUUUGUAUCUAUUUUUCAGUCAAUCCAAUAUUUACUGAGAGCUUUCUCCCUAGUAGUUUUAACGGUUAGCUCUCGUGGCCAUUUUCUAUAAAAUCUUGAUCUUGUUUCA